UGUCAGAAAGAUCGAUUGGAAUUCGUCAAAAUAUGAAAACCAUUCUAGACUAAAAAUCAUGCGGACGUGACUAGCUAAAGUAGCAAUGGACAUAGAAAACUAUUUCACAAAACCUCUCCGCUUAGCAGAUUUGAAAACUUUACUUUCAUAUAAAGUUGAGGAUAUCCUGUCAUCUGGUCUAUGGACAGAGGACAAAGUCAGAGCUACCUUGAGAAAAACUGAACAAGAUUUGGAAGAGUGUAAACUUUUCUUACAAAUCGUGGUAAAUGUACUAGAAAAUAAAAGAUGUGCCGAGAAACCUCAAGUUCUUAGCCUUAUACCUGUCUUGGAAUCUUCAAACUUUGCAAAAAAUCUUCAAACCAUAAUAAGGCAUGUAUCAACAGAGAAGAAUUUACCUGAGUUAGAAAACAUCGUAUGCUUUUUAAGUCAUUUGUGUAAAAGAUCUCCUACCACAGCACACGGGUUUAUCGAGUUGUUCAAAGAAACAGAGGAUAAAAUCAAUGUAUUGAUUGCUGAAAGGAAUGUGGAGGAAGAUGAACACCUUUUAGAUCUAGGUGAUGAAAUUAAACUUUUAAAGGAUAUAAUAACUGAUCAUUCCAUUAGACCCGAAGAACAAGGAAAAUGUCACAAAAAAGACACGCGAAAACCACCGAAUAAUUUUCGAGAAAUGUCUAUUCUUCCAACUCUUGAUGACAUACAUAAGAUACCUUUCUUUAGGCCUAAUCUUCGCGAUGUGCCUUUUGAUAAUUUGGAUGAAUAUCUUGAUAUACAGUUUCGAUUGCUUCGAGAAGAUUGCAUAGCACAAUUACGAAGUGGAAUAAUUGAGUAUCUUUGUGCCAAGCAUCUAGAAAAGAAAGAAAUUCGAAAAUUACAGGAUGCCAGACUUUAUAGAAAUGUUACAAUUGAAGAAGAAAAAGAAAUGACCCUAGAUGGUCCAAUGUAUACAAUUAGGUUAGAUAUGAAUCAGGUGAAAAGAAUAAGAUGGGAAAGGAGCAACAGAUUAAUGUACGGUUCCUUGCUUUGUAUCUCGCCAAAUGAUUUUAAAAGUUUAUAUUUCGGCAUAAUAGCUGAAACCGACAACGAGGUCCUACAGAGAAAAGGCACAAUCAAAGUUCUAAUCAAAAGACAAAAGGGUACCCCAGAAUUAUCGAAGGGCCUUAUUGUAACGGUAGUAGAAAGUGUUGCUUACUUUGAAGCAUAUCGGCAUGUUUUGCAUUGUCUACAAAGUAUCAAAGAAGGAGAAAUGCCUUUUGAAAGAUAUAUAGUGCAUUGUCAAAGAGACAUUAAGAAACCAAAAUACCUAACUGGCCUAGAUGAUGUUAAAUACGAUUUACAGCCAAUUGUUUCACAAUCCGUAAUAUUUCAAGCAAAGGAAAAAAGCAUGCUACAGAAGUAUCGUCCUCUUCAACGACGAUCUUUAGUUGUUAGAAAUCAAGAAAAAAGGACAGAAAUUUCCAUUUUCAACAAAAUGAAAUGGCCAAGGGCAAGUGAUCUACGUCUUGACAAAUCCCAGUACGAAGCCUUUAAGUCUGCUCUUACAAAAGAAUUCGUGCUUAUACAAGGGCCUCCUGGAACUGGCAAAACUCAUCUCGGUCUCAGAAUUGCGAAAACAUUGCUGCAUAACUCUGCAUACUGGAAACGGAAGGAUGAUUCCGACAACGAUGAUGAGGAAGCCAAAGGUAAGCAAAAAAAAGAAAAGAUACAUCCAAUGUUGAUCGUAUGUUAUACAAACCAUGCCCUUGAUCAAUUUUUAGAGGGGAUGAUUGACUUCAUGGAUCCAACGAAUCGGGGGGAUUGGAGUCAAAAUAUAGUUCGUGUAGGGGGAAGAUGUAACAGUGAAAAAAUUGAGGAUUUUAAACUGAAAAAUAGAAGAAGAUCGUUUAGGAAGGUAUUUGUAAAUCACGGAAAAUUUGAGAAGCAGCUACAGGACAUACAUAUGCAAAUAUGCAGGCUUAAAUGGAAUAUCUUUUGCGCUCAAGAGAAUAUCUUAGAUGAAACAAUACUGAGCAGUUCUGUGAAAGAAGUGAAGAGAAUCAUUGAGCAUGAAACACAAGCAGGAAAGACAUUUAAGAUGAUGGAAUGGUUAAAUGUGAAUGAAGGAUAUUUUACUGAGGCUGCAUUUGAAAAGUAUGAGAAGACAGAUGGAGAUGAUGUAGUUGAUUUAAAGGAAACAAUAGAUGCUGAGGAAGUUAUUGAUGUGGAAACAGAGGGGGAUCAUGUGAAGAACGAAAGAAUGAUUGAAGAAGAUGACUUUGAUGUGGAAUACAAUUUCAAGGCUGUAGGAGUAAGCAUAGAGUCGAUUUUGCUUGAGUCAAAAUCAAAACCUAAUCUAUCAGAAGAUUUUAUGAAAUAUCUUGACAAUGAAGCAUCGAUUGUAAAUAACUACUUCCAGAAAAGCAAGGCAAUGACAGGAACGGAAAUGCGACUCAAAAUUAAUGAUGUAUGGAGUAUGCCAAUUCAAGACAGAUGGAGAAUGUAUAAAUAUUUUGUAGAAAAAUAUUGUGACGUUCAGACAAAGGAAUUAAACGAACAGACAGCAAAAUAUGACAAAAUAUACAAAGACUAUUUGGUCGAAAAAAAUUACGUUGACAGGGAAAUUCUUAGCAGUUCGCUUGUUAUUGCUAUGACAACUACGGGUGCCGCUCGGUAUCAAACCGUCCUCAAUGAAAUUGGACCAAAAAUUAUCAUUGUGGAGGAAGCUGCGGAAGUUUUAGAGGGUCAUAUCAUUUCUACACUGAGUACUCAAUGUGAACACUUGAUAUUGAUUGGUGAUCACAAGCAAUUAGAACCAAAACCAUCGGUUUACGAACUUGCCGAACGCUACAAUUUAGCUUUAUCCAUGUUUGAAAGAAUGAUUGAGAAUAAACUUGAGUUCAACUGUCUAAUGCGGCAACACAGAAUGAGACCGGAAAUAUCUAAACUUGUACAGGAUAUUUAUCCUGGGCUGGAGGAUGAUGAUACCGUUUUCAAUCGUGACCAUGUACUUGGCAUCGAGAAGGAUGUCUACUUUAUUUCACAUACCAAUAACGAAUAUCAGAAAGGUGAAUCACAAAGUUACUCGAAUGAAUUUGAGGCAUUAUAUAUAAAAAGAUUGACAAGAUAUCUACUACAACAGGGAUACAAAAGACAAGAUAUUACUAUACUGACUCCAUACUCUGGUCAAAUGUUUUGCAUAAGAGAUUUAAUGCCAAAAAAUGAGUUUGCAGGAAUAAGAAUUUCAAUACUGGACAAUUACCAGGGGGAGGAAAACGAUAUUAUCUUACUGUCACUGGUACGAAGCAACAAAGAGGGUAGAAUUGGUUUCCUUAAGAAAGAAAAUAGGAUUUGUGUCGCCUUAUCGAGAGCUAAGAUCGGAUUAUAUGUGAUUGGAAAUUUCAAAAUGAUUGAAAAAUUUACACGCAAAACAAAUCUGCUUCGGUCUGCAAUCGACAAAAUGAAGAAAUCGGGUGCUCUUGGAGACGGGUUACCUCUUUUUUGCCAAAAUCACCCUGGUACUCAGAGGAUAUAUGCAAAAACUCCAGACGAUUUUGAUAAAGCCCCAGAAGGAGGAUGUAUCUUACCUUGCAACUUUGAAUUGAAUUGCGGUCACACCUGUACACAUCUUUGCCAUCCUUAUGACAAAGAGCAUUUAGACAUAACAUGUAGAGACCGCUGUGAAAAGAUAUGUGAAAGAGGUCAUACAUGUCAGAAGAUUUGUCAUUUUCCAAAACCUUGUAAAUGCAGAGUGAAAGUGGAAAAAGACUUGCAAUGUGGUCAUACGGUAGACUUACCAUGUUUUCAAGACCCAGAGACAUAUAAAUGUCUUGUGAUUGUUAACAAAAUGUUGAAUUGUGGCCACAGCGCAGAUAUGCCUUGCUGGACACCAAUAAAAAUGUUUGAAUGCCAAAGGAAGGUUACAAGGACACUGCCUUGCAAACAUUCAAUUGAACUUUUAUGCUGUAUUGAUUACGAAUUGUAUAAGUGCCAGGAAAAGGUAAGCAGAAUUCUCCCAAAAUGUGAGCAUGAGGUAGAAAUGAAAUGUUUUGAAAAUGUCAAAACAUUUAAAUGCCCAACAGAGGUAGUAGAAAAAAGGAAUGAUUGUGAACAUGACUUCACACGUGCUUGCCAUAUUUCAAGUCUGCUGUUCCAAGUACGAAACAAAUGCUCAGUAAUAGUUUGCAAAACCUUUCCAUCCUGUGGGCAUUCAGUUGAAGUAGAAUGUCAUGUUUCUUUACAGGAUUUGGGUUGCAAAAGUAUAGUUUAUACAAACUUUAAAUGUCAUCAUAGCAAUAUACAAGUCCAAUGUUACAAAAAAGACAAAACCAAGUGUGAUUCACCUUGUGGUUUACUUUGUCCUGUGGGUCACGAGUGUUUGAGGAAAUGUCAUUUCAAUGAAAAAUGCCUAUGUGAAAAAGUAGUAGAAAAAAAGCAUCCACUUUGCGGCCAUUUGUUGACAUUGAAAUGCUUUGAAAAUGCUGCGGAAAAGAAGUGUUUGUUCAAUACCGUAAAGUCUCUCAAAUGUGGUCAUACAAAAGAGACGGCAUGCUAUAUUGAAAUAUCUCAAAUUAAAUGUAAGGAGAUGGUUAAAAAAAUACUAAAUUGCGGUCACGAAAAGGAACUACAUUGUUAUAAAGAUAUCAACAGCAGUGAUGUUAAAUGUCAGUCUAAUGUUGAAAAAACCUUGUCUUGUGGUCACGUACAGGUAAUGAAAUGCUGUGAUAAACCAUCAGAAAAAAAAUGCACUGAGAGAAUAAAAAAAGAGUUACUUUGUACUCAUGAACAAGAGACAGAGUGCUGGAGAAAUAUAUCAACAGUUCAAUGCAAAAGUUCAGUUACAAAAACAUUACGAUGUGGACAUUUGAUGUCAAUGAAAUGCUGGGAGUCUCCACACAAAAAGAAAUGCACAGAAUUGGUGGAAAUAACACAGUUUGAAUGCAAUCAUGUGAAUAAAAUUCCAUGUCAUUUAAACCAAGAACUUCAAGCAAAUCCAAAUAUGGAACUGCCACCAUGUACAGCCAAUGUUACAAGGACAGAAGUGUGUGGACAUGACGUUACCAAUCCCUGCAUGCAGCCGUAUAAAAAUGUAUGCAGAGAAAAAUGCACGUAUGUACUAGCCUGUGGACACCUUUGUACUGGUGAUUGUACAAAAUGUAAUGGAGGACUUCUUCAUCAGACCUGUAAUAAAAUGUGCAAAAAUCGCCUCAUUUGCGGGCACGACUGCGGAAGCAAACGAUGUGGAGAUUGUUAUGCAUGCGAUAAACAAUGUAUGGCUAGAUGCUCACACAAAACUUGUAAAAAUAUAUGUAAUCAACCAUGUAAUCAAUGCACAGAGCCAUGCGAAUGGCAAUGUCCUCAUUUCACAUGUACAUUGCUUUGUCAUGAACCAUGUUAUAGACCAAGGUGCAACAAACAAUGUCCCAAAGUAUUGUCAUGUGGACAUAAAUGCGCUGCUUUUUGCGGAGAACCAUGCAUUCAAAAUUGUUUGGAGUGUAAUCCAAGCAGAGAAGCAAAGCUAAAUAAAAAAAUAGGACUGGUUCAGCUACAAUUAUGUGGACAUAUUUUCACUGCAAAUGAAUUGGAUGCUAUUUUCGAUUCGGAAAAAAAUGAUAUCCUUACUGUUCUACGUUGUCCUUCAUGUAAAAAAGCAGUUAUAUACCACCCACGAUACAAUGAAAUACUAAAAAAACAAGCACAACUAGUGAACAUGAUGAAGUCUCAAUUAAGAAUGGUGAUGCAACUUGGAGGUACCACUUCUUAUCCGUUUCUUUUUGGAGACAGAAAGGAAUGUGUGAAAUAUCUAACAGAGUUUGGAACUUUUAUCUCAGCAUUUGAAAGAAAACUUGAGAAAGCAGAGGCGGAUAACCUUAGACGUUCUCAAUUCUGCAUAGAGGUUUUACUUAAUAUAUUAAACUCGGAUUCAUUGCUGAACUAUCAAAAUGCCAUCGAUAUAUAUAGGGGUAUGGCUUUCGUAAGUUAUAUCUGGAAGUUGUUAGCGAUUAAACUAGCUGAAAAUGAUAUCGUUAAAAGCCAAUGUGACAAAGAGAUGUCUGAUGAAAAGAGAAGCACUGUCAAUGAAGUCAGUGACAAUCAGGACCUUGUCACAGCUGAAAAAGUCGAGGAAACUAUAACUUCAUUAGUUCGAUUUGUAAAAUGUCCUGGAAAAAUUUCGACUUCGCAACAGAAAAAUAUAGAAAAAUGUAUAAACUGUGUUAGACCUGUAUUAACUCAACAAGUUGCAUCAAGAAUUGGAAAAGCAGAAGGAUUUCCAAAACCAAUGGGGAUCAUAGAUUGUCACAUAGAUAAGUGGACACUGUGCAAAAAUGGACAUCCCUUCUGUCAAUAUGAUGACUACCAGACCUGCUUUACUUGCCAGGAUGUUAAGGCUAUGUUUAAAUAUCCAUUUUGUUUACCGUCAACCUUCUCAAAUAAUUAUGAAAAUCAAGGAGCUCGGCCAAAACAGGAUCGUUUGAAUGACAAUGUGAACAUAACAUCAUCAAGCUCAUCAAAUACAAAUGUGGCCCAUGUUAAACAUCAGAUGGAUAGGAAAGGAAAAUCUGAAAUUGCAGAAAGAUAUGGUGCAUCUGAAUUAAACACACGGUUAGAGGCUAAAAAUGAACCAAGAGGGAAUCGUGGUAAGAGAAGGAACAGACGUGAGAAGUCUUCGAAGCACCGUCAUCAAUACGAGAAACAAACAGAACCAAAUGUGGACUUUGAAUCCAUGAUAGAAGACAUAGCACAGACUGAAGACAGUAUUAGGGAAGUUCCUUACAAACGGAAUCCACGACAGGGUAAAAAAAGAGGAAGUCAUAAUGUGUCUGUUUUCCAGCAGCACUCACAUCAAGACAACAGUUAUAUUGAAGAAAAUGCCAAUGAUUUUGAAUUCCCAAAUGAAAACUUUUCAAGACAACGAGGUCGAAAUCAAAGAGGCUGGCGAGGUGGUAGGGGUAGGGGACAGCGUGGUAGAGGACGGAAAACUCGACCAAACUAA